GUUUUGAUGUUUUUUGGUUAUGUAUGGCAUAUGUGUUAAUGCAUCUGUAAACGAAUUUACAAACAAUAUUUAGAAUUUAUUAAUGUUCCCAAUAUAAUCAUGCAAAAUGGCUAGUGAUGAUGGAACCACUAUUCUGAAUUCAAUAAGUAAAGACCAAACUGAGUGGGUACCUUUAUCUUUAACAUUAGUGGAAUAUCCAAAGGGUGAUUUAUUUGGUAAAUUUUUGGCUCUUAUAAGUUUAGCUCCUUUCGGAAUUGGUUCUGGAUUCAUAGCAUUAAUUUUAUUUAGAAGAGAUUUACACACAAUUACUUUCUUCUUGGGUACAAUAGUCAGUGAAGCUUUUAAUUACCUAUUAAAACACAUCAUAUGUGAUUCAAGACCUAUCCAUAGGGAAAACCAUUAUGUAGAAUAUGGUAUGCCAUCAUCACAUGCACAAUUUGUAUGGUUUUUUACAACAUAUGUGAUAUAUUUUGUCUAUAUAAGGUUACAGCAUAUGAAUAACAACACUAUCAUACAAAGUUUGUCUAAAUUUUUGAUAAUCUUUUCAUCUUUGUCUAUGGCCGUCUUAGUCAGCAUAAGUAGAAUAUACUUAGAAUAUCACACAGUAUCCCAAGUGCUUUAUGGAGCAUUAGUAGGUGUUCUAUUUGCAACAUUUUGGUUUGCUCUGACUUACUUAGUUCUUGCUCCAUUAUUCCCACAAGUUGUGACCUGGAGUAUAUCAGAAUUACUUCUAUUAAGGGACACAACACUUAUACCAAAUGUUUUAUGGUUUGAGUAUACCAACACCAGAAAAGAGGUCCAUGCAAGAAGCAGAAAAUUGGUCAGCAUGAAGUCUCAAUGACAUAUAAUGUGGGACAAUGGUCUCAACUUAGUACAUUAUUGCCCUGUAACAUUUUUGAAAUUUUUUGGUUGGAUGAAAAAGUGGAAAUAGGAUAGGAGGAAAUAAAAGAGCAGCUUGUUCAAAUGACUGCUAUUUUAAAAACUAUAAGCUAUAUGUGUUAGGAUUUAAGAAGUUGUAGACAUUGGGUUUUGAGCUUUGACAAAGUAGUUUUCAAGAGACUGAUUUACUAAAGUAUGUAAUGCAGCAUCAGCUAAGAAGAUUGUACAUUAAUAGUUUUCUAUAAACAUUGUUUAAAAGAUCUCAUGGUAUUUAGAGAUAUUUGUAGAAGCUGUGUUCAUUUGAAUAAAUGCAUGAACAAUG